CAGGAAGCCUCCUCCACCACAAUACCUCACUGCUCCCAAUGUCUCCAAACCAGUCAUCGUCCCACCAAGGGCGCCGCUCAGCUCUGGAUUCUGCUGGUCAAUCCGACGACAACCAGCAACAAACCAACGACACGCUCGCUACCCGCAGCAGCGUCACCUACACCAUCACCCCCGAACUCCUCUCCUCUCCAUACGCACUCUCUCCAGAAGCCUACCUCGCCGCCAACCCGAGCAUCACCGACAUAAUAGGCAGCGCAGCAGUCUUCUACCACCCUCAACCCCAUUCUCAACACCAGCCACGUCUCCUCCUAAUACAACGCUCACCCCACGACUUUUUCCCGCUCAAGUGGGAGCUACCCGGCGGGUCCGUCGACCGUGGCGCAGACGGCGACUCCUCCCUGGCGGCGGGCGCGGUCCGUGAGCUACGCGAGGAGACGGGGCUCGAGGCCGUGCGGGUGGUGAGAUGGGUGGCAAACCGGGAGUUUCCUGAGGGAGAUGGGGUUCGAACGUGGCGGCAGGUGAUUUUUGAGGUUGAGAUUGGUGAGGUGGGCGAGGAGGAGGAAGGCAUGGGAGGGCCGAGGGUUACGCUUGAUCCGGAAGAGCAUGUGGAUUACCGGUGGGUUACGGCGGAGGAGGUUAGGCAACGUAGGUGCGGUGAGGUUGUGCUUGAGGAUGCGGGUCCUGAGUGGAGGGCGGUGCUUAAGGGAGCAUUUGAAAUGCACAGCCGGAAGGAAGAGAGUCGCUAGAUCAGUUUUUGUUUCCUCUUAUAGUUCAUCAUAUAGACGGGAUAGUUCGUUUGCACUUUCUCCAUGUCGGUGACUUCAGGAUUAAUAUAGCUCACUCGAUGUUUGUAGAAAGCGAACUAUGUCUUCAGAUGUACGUGGAAUAGAAGCGAAACUAGGUGGAACG